GGUAAAGUGACAUACGUCCAAUGUCACAAUAGUCACAACAGUUAGAGUGUUAGUAGUCAGUAGAGCCUAUGCUUCAUAUUAGUACUAUCAAGACCAGUUUGAUAACUUGGUAGUAUAUAUGCCGGCUUGUGUUUUCUUUCUAUCUAAGCUCUACGUUAUCAUGACUCUCAUGAUACAGGGACUACACAAGUCCAUAGCCAUAACAUCCCAGGACUACAGGUGGGGGUUGGUGAGCUGCUCGUGGUAAGCUAUGCUGAAGGUUUGGCGCUUACCAAGCGCCCCAGAGACUAUACCUAUGUUGAUGCCGAUCGUGGGGAACAAUGCGGAGGAGGGAGAAAGUUAGCAAUAUAGUGCGGGGUUCAGCCACGUCUUACACGUAUAUAUACUGGACCUCAAGGUGACCACGUUUCUGGUUCACCGAAUCACUUCUCAUCCGCAUAGUGGAGCGUUUUCAACGAUGAAGCCCCUUGCUCUCCUUUUACUCUGGGCAACCAGUUCUACGGCAGUACCUACGGCCGUACCAAUGGCCGCUGGCAUGACUAACCGGACUCAUUUGCACGAGCAGUUCGUUCUUAACAGCCGUGAUGGUGGAAAUGGUGCUCUCAAUGACCAAAUCAUUGGAACCGCGAGGGUUGGAGACGGUGAUCCUCACCAGGCGUAUAGGUACACACAAGUUACGUCAACCAUUACCUGCGCGCCUGAUGAGCAGGAAGGAUGUAGCAUUUCUAGGCAGGAUGCUAAAUAUUACGCGGUCCAAUUCAGUGGUGGAAUAUCGGCAUUGUGGAUCAACGCUGGUUUUGCUGUGACUCAGACUACUGCCACUGGCCAAACAGGCACAUGCAAUGGAGGUGCAGGUGACACCAUCUGCGUAUGGUACAGAACAGCCCACACGGCCUAUACGGUCCAGAAAUACGCUUACUACUGGAGAUUUCAACAAGUACAGGAUGGUACGAAAGUUGAUGCGCCGUAUGUGAUCUGGUCGCCAAAUGCAAACGGAGUCGGCGACGGAUACGUAUGUGCCCUAAACAAGGACUGCUGGAAUCAAGGGGGUGUCUGGUGGGGUAAAAGUGGCCCUGCUGGAGGCCCGCAACUCUAUCCAGGCAAUACCCCAUGGCUCUAAUGAUAAUUUGAGCAGAACUAGAGUAACAUAUUCGGCAUUUGGUUCUGAGAAUAUAACGGAACCUAGUGGCUUGUUGCGACGUGAGGCCUGCCCUAGUUAGUUGAAUAGAUACAGUGUUACACACAUUACAGAGAGGACUUCCUGCCUGCAUUAUAUAUGGCUUUUCAUGACUCAAUGACAAAGGAAAUUACCCAGGGUCGUUUUCGAAGCGCUUGGUAUUACACCAUUGACCCUGAAAGAGUUAUUUCUACACUGGAUCUCAAGCUGAGACGCCAAGUCCUGCAAACUCACGUCCAGAUCAGCUGGAUCUUGGGUAUCUAAGACAUCAAGUCCUGCGACUGAAUUUGUUUCGCAGUCUUCAAAUCUCAAAAGCGAAUCACGAAUCGCCCAGAGAGCUCAUAAACGAAAAGUCUUGAUGAGCUUGAAAGUUUUGAGAAGGGUGUGACAGCCAUUAUGCCGA